UGAGAUGAUCCACAGCACAUGGAAUCAAAACGAGAGAUUCAGUAUUUCUGAUGAUAGAGAUAAAAAUCUCUUGAGUGUGAUAAUAACUGAUGUGAGAUCAGAAGAUGCAGGAGUUUAUUUAUGUGGAGUUUAUCUCAAUGAAAUCUUCUACAGUUACUCCAUUCUUACUGCUGUUCAUCUUCACAUUAUGAGUAAAGUGGGUGUGGUCACAGCGAGCGGAUACUCAGCAGGUGGAAUCAUCUUCAAGUGUCAUCACCAUCAAUACAAAAGCAACACAAAAUAUGUGAGUAAAGAAUCAGAUGGAUGUUGUGAGAGGAAGUCUCCAUCAGUUCAGGAUCAGUGGAUGGACAAUGGAGAUGUUUGUGUGUAUGAUGACACCAGAGCAGGAGUCUUGAUGGUGUAUUUUAGAGAGCUGAACGCUGGACAUGCUGGAACAUACAGGUGUGGAGUGAAUCCAUCUCAAUAUACUGACACAUUCACUCAAGUCCAGCUCCACAUUAAAGACGAUACAGUUUUGUCUCAUUGGUGGGUGAAUAAAUCUGUUUCUGUUGGUGAUGAAGUCAAUAUUACCUGUCAGAUCCCAGAGGAACAUCAAUUCAGUCCAAAAGUCUUCUGUAAAGAGGAUGAAAAUCACAUCUGUCAAAGCGUCAUCAGAUCUGAAGUGAAAGUAAAUGAUUUCUCUGAUAAAAGUGUUUUUACUGUGAUCAUCAGUGAUGUGACAGUGAGAGAUGCUGGAGUUUACUGGUGUGGAGCAGAAACCAGUCGCACAGAUUUCACUUUCAUCUCUCUCACCACUAAAGUUCAACUCAAACUCAGCAUGCCUCCAGUGUUUGGAGAUGAAGGAGGAUCUGCUCACAUCAUCUGUCCUUAUGAUCCCAUCUAUAAAUCAAAGUCCAAAAAACUGUUGAAGAGUUGAAGAGAUGAGAAGACUCUCAUGGAGAUGAACAGAUGGAGUGUGAAUGAUGACAUGACAGCAAGUGUGUUUAGUGUGAACAUCACUGGACUGACAGCAGAGGAUGCUGGGAAAUACUGCUGUGCAGUGACAUUAGAAACAGACGUGAUUUAUCUUUACACUCAUCUCAUUAUUCUCAUCAAACCGGGUGAGACACAUUGUCACUAAUAAUCCAUCUAAAAAGGGACUUUGUUUGAAUGUGAAUCUUGAUGAUUUCUUCUUUAAAGAGCUUCUCUUGAAUAAGCGUGAAGGAGACAACAUGUCAAUGGAGUGCAAACAUCACGCUGAAUAUCAGAAAGUCUUCUGUAAAGCACAUGAAGUCUCAAUGUGUGUCAAUGAUGGAGUUUCAUUCCAGUGGAUCAGAGAUGAUGGAUUCUCUUUAAGUGAUGAAACAUCUACUGGAGUCUUUACUGUAAACAUCAGUCAUCUGAGAGAAGAGCAUUCUGGGAUAUACUGGUGUGGAUCUCACAUCAUCACUAAAGUGCAUCUAAACGUCACCAGAGUUUCAGAUUCAUCAGUGAUGAUGAUGAUUAUUGUGUGUGUUUGUGUGAUUCUGCUGCUGAUUGGAGGAAUCACUCUGAUUAUAGUUUAUAAACUCACACACAAGACACCAGAUCCUGGAUCAUUACCCACAAUCCCCUCCUCUGAUGAUGUUCUGUACUCUGCUGUCAGUUUCCACAAGCAUGAAGAUUCUGUCAGUGAU